AUGUUUUCCUCCAUAAUAGACAAGGAUACCGAUUUGUCAAAUGUGGAGAAGCUGCAGCACCUGCGUUCCUGCCUGAAAGGACCAGCACUAGACACUAUUUCGUCUCUAGAGUUCACGCACGCCAGCUAUCCCAUCGCGCUAGACCUCCUUGAUAAGCGUUUUAAUAACAAACGUUUAAUUUUUCAGGCGCAUGUCACGGACAUUCUGGGUGUUCCGCGCGUAGAGGCUUCGUCUGUGUCGCAACUUCGGUCUUUGUCGGACACUGUGAAUUCUAAUCUUCGGGCUUUGCAGAGUAUGGGAACAACGGAGCAGAUUGCAGACUGUAUCUUGAUACACAGCCUGCUGCAGAAGGUGGACAGCGCUACGCAAGCCAAGUGGGAGGAAACGUCAUCGCUGGACAGCAUACCCACAAGCCAACAAUUCACCGCUUUUCUGGAGCAAAGAUGUCAGAAGUUGGAGAAUCGGGAGCACGCUAUGGCAAUACCCUCGCCCACGGAACCCGUUGUCUCUUCAUUCCCGCACCCUGAAGCGCAGCCACAGUCCUCAGCUGCCUCUCUGGUUGCACAGAACUCUUGCAGGGAUGUUGUGCUCUUAGCCACUGCAGUUGUUCUGCUGAGGGAUCGUGCUGGAUCGCUCGUACCAUGUCGGGCACUCUUGGACUCCGGAUCACAAAUGCACCUUAUAACCUCCAGCCUCGCCCAACAACUUAGACUGAAAAGGACCAUGUCGUCGGCCGCAGUAUCGGGUCUUGGGGAUUCCAGUUUUGUAUCGGAGGGCUAUACUGUGGGACUCAACUUGCAGUCCCAAGCCUCUGACUACAGUACCAGUUUCGUCGCGUUGGUAGCUCCCACAAUCACCGAGCAGCAGCCCAGCUUUUCAGUUGACGUUUCUGGUUGGAAAAUUCCGCCGAAUUUACCAUUGGCAGAUCCGCAGUUCUUCAGGCCACAGCGUAUUGACCUGCUCAUUGGGGCUAGCCUAUUCUUCGAGCUGCUGUGCAUUGGCCAAAUCAAAUUGGAUGUUGGCUUGCCAUCGCUUCAGAAGACUCGCCUUGGAUGGGUGGUUUCAGGAGGUGGUCAGCAAACGCGUAGGACAGCCUUACUUGGGGCUCAGGCCUCAUCUGACGCCAGGCAGGAGUCUCUUGAUCAAGUGGAACUGUUACUGAGGCGUUUCUGGGAGGUUGAAAGUUCCACUGAAGAUUCGGUAAUGGUCAAGCAGGAGGAUGUCGAUUGUGAAGAUCACUUCAAAGCAAAUUUCUCGCGCCUGUCAUCUGGAGAGUUUGCCGUGAAGCUGCCCAUCAAGAAAAGUUUGGAUAUCUUGGGCGACUCAUACACGCAAGCAUAUCGGCGGUUCCUCAACUUGGAGCGGAAACUUGAGCGUCGUCCGCAGCUGAAGGCUCAGUACGCAUCUUUCAUUAGGGAGUACCAAGAGCUUAAUCAUAUGUCGUUGGUGGAAUCAGAACUGCUCAGUCGUUGUCGCUAUUUUCUACCGCAUCAUUGCGUGUUUAAGGAGGACAGCACGACCACCAAAUUGCGGGUUGUGUUCGAUGGAUCUGCCACAACAUCAACAGGUUUUUCGUUAAACGAGGUCCUAAUGGCGGGGCCUACUAUCCAGCCAAAGCUGCUACAUACGCUGCUUCGUUUUCGUACGUUCCUCAUUGCGCUGACUGGUGACAUUUGCAAGAUGUACAGGUGUGUCCGAGUAUCUGAGCCGGACAAUUACCUGCAGUGCAUCUUAUGGAGGGAUUCCCCUCACGAGGAUGUGAAGGCGUUCAAGCUCGACACAGUAACAUAUGGAACCAAACCGGCUUCCUAUCUUGCAAUUCGUUCCAUGCUCCAAUUGGCAGAAGAAGAGAGGGCUGCAUUUCCCAUUGGCUCGGAAGUGUUGACCUCCAACUUCUAUGUCGACGAUUUGAUGACUGGAGGAGGAUCUGUAGAGGAAGUGCGCGAAAAGAUGAGGCAGACAUCCCAGUUAUUGGCUCGGGGAAGGUUCCCAAUUCGGAAAUGGUGCUCCAACGUCCCUGGCGUACUUGAGGGAAUUCCUGACAAGGAUAAGGAAACGCUGCUAAGGUUCGACGAUGGCACCGACUUCACAAAGGCUCUUGGAUUGGUAUUGACGGUGCCCAAGUUGGAGUUAUGUGGCGCUGACUUGCUUUCUCAAUUGAUCAGUGAGAUACAGAAACUUAAAUUGUUCACUGGAAGCUUCUAUUGCUGGUCGGACUCCACAACUGCCUUGUCUUGGGUGCGCCAUGACUCAUCAAGCUUUAACGUAUUCGUUGCAAAUCGGGUCUCAGCCAUUCAGGAGCGGACUGCUCAGAUGGAGUGGCGCUACGUGCCCACCGCCCAGAACCCUGCUGACAUAUUGUCCAGAGGCGCUUCGCCGUCAGAGCUUCUGGAAUCGCAUCUUUGGGCCCACGGGCCACCCUUUCUUCAAGAUGAGCAACCUCUGUGGCCAGCAGCGUCUAUUCAAUCUGCGCCAACACUGGAGUUGCGCAAGAGAGUCCUGAUUGCAGUUUGUCCAUUCGUAGACUUAUCUGACGGCCGAAAGUUCUCCAAUUCCUUCGGAAAGAUCCAGCGCACAUUUGGAUAUGUAUUCAAGUUUCUGCAGCGCAAAAGGUCGUCCGGAUUAACAGUAGCUGACAUCGUUGGUGGUACGCGGAUACUUCUUCGUUCGAUUCAGCGAGUGCAUUUGUGGCCUGACUACAAGACUCUGCGUGACGAACAGCAGGUGCAGUCGUCUAGCUCCAUCUCGUCACUCGCGCCGUUCCUGGAUGACCAUGGCUUGUUACGCGUCGGUGGGCGGUUGGAAAAUUCAUCACUUGAUUUCAACGCACGGCACCCAGUCAUUCUUCCAAGGCGUCAUCCCGUUACAUCUGCUGUAAUUGUGCAUGUCCAUGAGCAGAAUCUGCACGCUGGGCCUCGGUCAUUGCUCGCACUUAUUCGGCAUGAGUAUUGGCCGAUUGGAGGGCGCAAGACAGUGGCCAGCGUCGUAAAUCGCUGCACCAGAUGUUUUAAGGCCAAGCCGCGCCUGCUGCAGCAUAUUAUGGCCGACUUGCCGAAGGAUCGUGUGAAUGCGUCGUACGUUUUUGCAGUCACCGGUGUGGAUUUUUGUGGUCCGUUCUUUUAUAAGAGUGAGGUGCGGACCAGACCACCCAUCAAAUGCUACAUAUGCCUCUUCAUAUGCUUUGCCACCAAGGCCGUUCACUUGGAGCUUGUGCAGGAUCUAUCGACGCCAGCGUUCAUAAGCGCACUAAAGCGAUUCAUUUUAACUCGCGGUCGGCCCAGGGAAAUUUGGUCCGAUAACGCAACCAACUUUGUGGGAGCAAAGAACGAGUUGGCAGAGUUGAAGAAGCUGUUCCUGGCAGAAAGGCAUAUGAAGGAAGUUCAGGAGUUUUGCGUUGCGGAUCAUAUUGACUGGCGGUUUAUUCCCCCUCGCUCUCCCCACUUUGGCGGACUCUGGGAGGCUGCGGUUAAAACAGCCAAGCAUCAUUUCUACCGUUCCGCUUCCAGCUCCUUGCUGUGCUUUGAUGACCUGAGAACGCUUGUGUGCCAUAUCACUGCCAUAAUAAACUCAAGGCCAUUGCUUCCCAUUUCAGAGCAUCCUGACGAUUUAGACAUGCUAACACCUGCGCAUUUCUUAGGUACUGCUCCAAUCCGUACCUUCGCGGAACCAGAUGUGACCGGACUCAACUUCAAUCGUCUUGAUCGCUGGCAGCAGGUCAGCUUCCUGCAGCAGACUUUCUGGUCCCGCUGGCGAGAGGAGUACCUCACGCUUCUGCAGGAGAGGGCAAAAUGGAGGACUGAGCAGCCUAACCUCAGCGUCGGCGACGUGGUCCUCGUAAAGAACGAGAACUUGCCUCCACUUAAGUGGCCGCUGGGAAGGGUGACGAAACUGAUCGCCGGCAGAGAUGGCGUUUCCAGGGUAGCUGAGCUCAAAACGGCUACUGGGAGCACCACGAGGGCUAUCGCAAAGCUGUCAAUGAAGACGGAUGCCGCAUCGCAAACCGAGCCGUGGCGAAGGCUUAGCCAGCCUGUUGUGUCGGAUGGCCCCGCUGGGGGGCAGGCUCCAACGCUUAUGCGCCCAGCAGGUCACAAAGGCGCACCCUUGAAGAAACAGAAGAAGGCCCAGAUAAAGCCACACGAGGAGAAGGCGACGCACAAUGCCCCCAGCCAACAAGAGAGCCUCGGAAACCGUGAAAGCGGGUGGAGUUUAGUGGCCAAGAAGGCGAGGACAGCGCACCGCGCACGCCCUGACGCGGUCGUAGUGCAUGCGGGCGGCAAGACGUAUAGCGAGGUGCUGGCCAUGGUGACCAGGAGGGAGGAUAACCAGCUGUCGGACCUGGGAAGCUGCGUUUCCAGGGUACGCCGCACCAUCAACGGCAACCUUUUGCUGGAGGUGGCAAAAGGCAGCUCAGAGAUCGCAGAGGCCAUGAGAGAGAGCAUCGCACGCGUACUUGGCGACGCAGCGGCAGUGCGUGCACUGACAGAGGACUCGAAGGUGGUCGUCUUGGAUAUCCGCGAUCUCGACUCCCUCGCGACAGAGCGUGAGAUCUGUACCGCCAUCGCGAGCCAGUUCGGGAUUGAGGAGGGACGAGUCAGGGUGCGAAGCCUGCGACGCGGCUACGCGGAGUCCCAAACGGAGGUGGUCAGCUUGCCUUUUUCCCUGGGCAAAGCAGUAAUGCAGCGGGGACAGACAAUAAAAAAAAAAGAGGAGGACUCCCGAGGUGCUACAAAUGCCUGGAACCUGGGCACAUCGCGAGCAGCUUCAGGAGUGCAAUAG